UCUGACCUCUCCUAAACCUUCUGUUUAACACACCCUCCAAUGGAUGCUUCUUCACCUUUUUCCCCUUAGAAACUCCUUUCCCCCCCAUUCCUCAUUCCCCAAAUGCAAAGGGCAGGAUGGCCUUCCUGAGGAGCUCCCCUUCUUUCUCUCUCCUCGGCCUCCUGUCUCUCUUCCUCUCCACCACCUCCGCCGCCCCCAUCACCACCACCACUGGCAUUCGCCUUAGCAUCAUCCGCCAACCCACCCCCCACGUCCCUGUCUUCCGCGAAGCCCCCGCCUUUCGCAAUGGUGACGCUUGCGGUCCCCUCUCCACCGACCAAAUCCACGUGGCAAUGACACUUGAUGCUAAUUACCUUCGUGGCACCAUGGCCGCUGUCUUAUCUAUCCUCCAACACUCUACCUGCCCGGAAAACGUCAUGUUCCACUUCCUCUGGUCCCGGUUUGACCCUGAAAUCCAUUCCAGUAUCAAGUCCACCUUCCCUUACCUCAACUUCCGGGUCUACCGCUUCGACGCAAACCGGGUUCGGGGCAAGAUAUCCAAAUCCAUCCGCCAAGCUCUAGACCAACCUCUCAACUACGCAAGAAUCUACCUCGCAGACAUAAUACCCAUUAACGUCAAACGGGUUAUUUACCUUGACUCGGACCUUGUCAUGGUUGAUGAUAUCGCAAAGCUAUGGGGGGUUGAUUUGGGUGACAAAGUAUUGGCUGCACCAGAAUAUUGUCAUGCCAAUUUCUCAAACUACUUCACCUCUACGUUUUGGUCUGACCCGGUUUUGUCUGGUACGUUCCGAGGGAGAGAACCUUGUUACUUCAACACAGGGGUUAUGGUGGUGGAUGUUGAUAAGUGGAGACAAGGAAGGUAUACACAGAAGGUUGAGGAUUGGAUGGUGAUUCAGAAGCAGAAGAGGAUAUACCAUUUGGGUUCUUUGCCACCUUUCUUGCUUGUUUUGGCUGGGAAUAUCAGAGCCAUUGAUCAUAGAUGGAACCAGCAUGGUUUGGGUGGUGACAAUCUUGAAGGAAAAUGCAGGAGUUUGCAUCCUGGGCCUAUUAGCUUACUCCAUUGGAGUGGAAAAGGGAAGCCAUGGUUGAGGUUGGACUCGAGGAAGCCCUGCAUCGUUGAUCAUCUCUGGGCUCCUUAUGAUCUUUAUCGUUCAAACAAACAUACUUUUGAAGAAUGAAGGGGGAAGGACAAUGCUAGGCUUCACGAAAACUUCCUAGAAGUCGUACUAGUCGACUGGCCAAUUGAUACUUUUCAUUGGGGCAGUCAUCCGGCUUGUAGACUGGCAUGGCUUGGGGAAGUUUUUUGUGAAAAAAUUUAUGUGAUACCUAGAAUUAUUGCUGGUUUGAGGGGUUUAGAAAGUUGAAAGAAUGGGAUGAUUUAUUGGUGAAAGAUCCUCUGUCCCAAAUCUGUAUGUUCUGUCUGAAAAUGCUCACAAUCAUUGCUAGAUCAUAUGAAAAUCUCGAGAUGUAAUGUGAGUGUUUUAAGAUAGAGCGACAAAAAAAUUUGGAGCAGAUUGUCUCAUGCCUAAUUUAUUGGGAGAGAAGAAAGUGAUAAAAUGUAUUAAAAAAACCUACAAAAAAAAUCAAAAAAAAAAAGAAAAAAAAAGAGAGGAAAAGAGAGAGUAUCGAAAAAGAAAAUUGAGAAAUACAAGAGGGGAAGAGAGAGAGAGGGUUAUGUGUUUGUUUUUGUUUUUUUUGUUUUUUGCUUUAGGUGUUGAAAAUUGAAGUGCUUGGUGGACUCAAAUGACAUGGAGGAUAGAGGCAAAUUUUUCUUUUUUGAGUCUUGUUGUUUGUUAAAUGGACAAUAAUGACAUGGCUGUGUAGAAUUAUCAAACGGUGACUGCUGAGAUUGCUGACGAUCCUCUCUAUCCAUCACAUUAUCCAUGUCCCUCUGAUCAAGUUAUCUAUCUAUAUAUUAAUUGUCUUUUAA